UGGAGCCUCCAUCCAUGUCCUCAACCUACUGAACCUAUGGCCCAUCUCCUCCUCCUCCUCCUCUUCCUCUCUUUCUCUCUCCUCCCUCUCCUCUCUCUCUCCGCCACAGACACCUUCGUCUACGGCGGCUGCACCCAACUCCGAUACUCCCCAAACUCCGGCUACGAGUCAAACCUCAACUCCUUACUCACCUCCCUCGUCAACUCCGCCACCUACACCUCCUACAACAACUACACCUUCCAAGCCUCCACCCCACAGGACGCCCUCUACGGUCUCUACCAGUGCCGCGCGGACCUCUCCAUGCCCGACUGCGCCACUUGCAUCGCCCGCGCCGUAACCCAACUAGGCGCUCUCUGUUCCGACACGUGCGGUGGCGCCCUCCAGCUCGAGGGCUGCUACGUCAAGUACGACAACUCCACCUUCCUCGGUGUCGAGGACAAGACGGUUGUGCUCAAGAAAUGCGGACCGUCUGUCGGGUACGAGGUGGAAGCAAUGGCGCGAAGGGAUGCUGUGCUGGCAGCGAUUGUGGGGUCCAGUGGGGCUUAUAGAGUAGGUGGGUCCGGGAAAGUGCAGGGUGUGGCGCAGUGCGUGGGGGAUUUGAGUGGGAGCGAGUGUCAGGAUUGUGUCGGGGAGGCGAUCGGACGGUUGAAGAGCGAUUGCGGGACGGCGGAUUUUGGGGACAUGUUCUUGGGGAAGUGUUAUGCGAGAUACAGUACUCAUGGGCCUCCCGUGUUCUCUAAGGCCCAUCAUGAUAAAUUUAGUGGUGACGGUGAGAAGACAUUUGCGAUUAUAAUUGGGCUUCUAGCUGGAGUUGCUCUUCUCAUUAUUUUUCUUGUUUUUAUAAGAAAAAUAUUUCAAGGAUCUGGUAAAUAACGGUAAAGUAUGGAAUGGAUGGAAGUUGUUUUUAAUUUUCUAUUUUAUUAUUUUUGUUUUUAAUUUUAAUUUUAUUUGCUAUUUUUCAAGAGAGUUUGUGUAUUAUUUACUUCUUCUCUGUUCUGGAAUCUGUCGCACACAAUUUUUCAUUUUUUUUCUUUUUUUUUUCUCUCAUAAAAUAAUAAUAUUACUCUACUUACUUUUCCUA